GUGGUGGCCCACCUCGUGCCUCCUCCCCCACCCCCCGGCCCUCUCCUCCCCCACCUCCAGCCAUGGAGGCCGCCGCCGCCGCCGCGCGCCGCCUCGCCGUGGCCGCCGCCGCCGUCGCCCUGCUCGCGGUGACCGUGGUCACCGCCGCGGCGCUCUCCGACGCCGAGGCGUCGUACAUCGCGGGGCGGCAGCUGCUGUCCCUCAAGGAGGGCGGCGGCAACGGCGAGCUCCCCGACGACUUCGAGUUCGACAUCCACGUCGACGUCACCUUCGCCAACGACCGCCUCCGCCGCGCCUACGUCGGCCUGCAGGCGCUCCGGCAGGCGAUCUACUCCGACCCCAAGAACUUCACCGGCGGCUGGGUCGGCGCCGAUGUCUGCUCCUACUUCGGCAUCACGUGCGCGGCGGCGCUCGACGACCCGGCCGUCACCGUCGUCGCCGGCGUCGACCUCAACGGCGGCGACAUCGCCGGGUACCUCCCCGCCGAGCUCGGCCUCAUGACCGACCUCGCGCUGUUCCACGUCAACUCCAACCGCUUCUGCGGCGUCAUCCCCAAGAGCUUCUCGCGGCUGGCGCUGCUGCACGAGCUCGACGUCAGCAACAACCGCCUCGUCGGCGGGUUCCCGGAGGUGGUGCUCGACAUGGCCGUGCUCAAGUACCUCGACAUCAGGUUCAACGACUUCGAGGGCGAGCUGCCGCCGCAGCUGUUCGACAAGGGCCUCGACGCCAUCUUCCUCAACAGCAACCGCUUCGUCGGACGCAUCCCGGACAGCAUCGGCGGCUCGACGGCGACGGUGGUGGUGCUCGCCAACAACCACUUCGUCGGCUGCAUCCCGCGCAGCGUCGGGCGGAUGAAGGGGACGCUCAACGAGCUCCUGCUCCUCAACAACCGCCUUGACGGGUGCAUCCCGCCGGAGAUCGGCGAGCUCGCCGACGCCGAGGUGGUGGACGUCGGCGGGAACAUGCUCGUCGGCUUGCUGCCGGAGGAGCUCGCCAAGAUGGGCAAGCUCGAGCAGCUCGACGUGUCGAGGAACCUGCUCGCCGGCGCCGUGCCGGAGCCCGUCUGCAAGCUCCCGUCGCUCGCCAACUUCAGCUUCGCGUACAACUACUUCAGCGUGGAGCCGCCAGCGUGCGUCCCGGCGGAGACCGCCAUGGUCGAGCUCGACGACAAGGGCAACUGCCUCGGCGGCGGGCGACCGGAGCAGAAGACGUCGCUCGAGUGCGCGCCCCUGCUCAAGCGCCCCAUCGACUGCCGGACGAACACCUGCUCGGCGCUGCCGUCGUCGUCGAAGCCGGCUCCGAAGAAGAUUACACCCACGCCGCCCACUCUGGCGCCUCCGCCGUUGAUCAGCCCAAAGGAGGAGACACCGUCACCAUCACCAUACAUAGAGCCUCCUAAGAGCUCACCUCCACCGGUCAAAUUCCCGCUGCCACCGGUACCAGUGAGCUAUCCUCCUCCACCAGUGAAAUCCCCACCACCACCGGCACCAGUGAGCUCUCCACCGCCAGCACCGGUGAGCUCCCCUCCCCCACCGUUAAAAUCCCCACCACCGCCUGCACCGGUGAGCUCUCCACCCCCACCAGUCAAAUCCCCUCCACCGCCAGCACCCGUGAGCUCUCCACCGCCACCGGUAAAAUCCCCUCCACCCCCCGCACCAAUCCACUCUCCACCGCCACCAGUAAAAUCCCCUCCACCCCCCGCACCAGUCUACUCUCCUCCUCCACUAGUAAGAUCCCCUCCACCCCCAGCACCUGUGAGCUCUCCACCGCCACCGGUAAAAUCCCCUCCACCACCUGCACCAGUCCACUCUCCACCGCCACCGGUAAAACCUCCUCCACCCCCAGCACCAGUCCACUCUCCACCUCCACCAGUAAAACCUCCUCCACCCCCAGCACCAGUCCACUCUCCUCCUCCACCAUUAAAAUCCCCACCACCGCCCGCACCGGUGAGCUCUCCACCCCCACUGAUAAAAUCCCCACCACCACCCGCGCCGGUGAUCUCUCCACCGCCACCAGUAAAAUUCCCACCGCCCCCGGCACCAGUGAGCUCUCCACCACCACCAGUAAAAUCUCCUCCACCUCCUGCGCCGGUCAGUUCUCCACCUCCACCUAUGGAAUCCCCACCACCACCUGCACCAGUAAGCUCACCGCCUCCUCCUGUAAAGUCUCCUCCCCCACCGGCGCCUGUAAGUUCUCCACCUCCACCAGUACAUUCACCCCCACCUCCUUCUCCAAUGAUCUCACCGCCUCCACCAGUACAUUCCCCACCACCACCCGUCUUAUCCCCACCGCCACCAGUCGUCCCAUCGCCUCCGCCACCGGCACCAUCGUUGCCUCCUCCAGCCCCUGAGGAGCUAAUCAUUCUACCGCCGAUCUUAAGUCACUCCUAUGCAUCACCGCCGCCGCCCCAAUUUGAAGGAUAUUAAGUUAUCGUGACAACACCGGCGGCACAUCCAUGACAACGACAAGGUGCAGCAGCAGUGAUCAUUAGCAAUGCCUUCCUCUUUUUUCUCACAAUCUCACGUACUCCCAUGAAAGAAAGAGUACAAAAUGCAUUUACAAGUAUAAAUGCAUGUAUAUAUGUGUACCCUGGAGAAGAGGAGUGUGUGCAAUGUGUACAAAGAGGAAAUGUGGUUAACACGAUGUAAUUGUAAGAAGACAUGAAAGCGGCAUUUUUGGGUCAUUUUUACCGAUCGAUAGAAUUCGGACCAUUUUUUA